GUAAGGGAGUUUCCCUUGUGUUUUUUUGCAACGACGUUUCCGUGUUCGCGAAGUGCUCAACAUUUCCUUGAAGAACCCACCUGUUUACCCGUUCAGUCAUGAUCACUGGAUAAGAUAGCUGACAUUUGUUCAACAAAGGACUUCAUUUAUGAGUGGAAACUGGACCGUACAACCAUCUCCAAACUUCUAGGAGUAUCUAAAGCGUCUCUCGCCGGAUCAGGUCUGUAGUCUGAGGACAAGACUCUUGAGGAACUUCUUCUGGUUAAAGCGUGGCUGCUGGUUAUUCUGAAAACAUCAGGUUCAUCCAGGUGCAUUGUGUGAACUUCUCGGGAGUGUCUUUCUCGUAAGAGCAACAGCACCACUAUGAGUCAAUGGAAACAAAUUCAGCAACUGGAUAUUAAGUUCCUCGAACAGGUGGACUAUUUUUAUGAUGACAACUUUCCAAUGGAGCUGAGGCAGGUGCUGGCCAACUGGAUUGAAACCCAGGAUUGGGAAACAGCUUCAAACCAUGAAUCUAUGGCUACUGUACUCUUCAAUAACUUCCUCAUUCAGCUGGAGAGGCAGUGCUCUCAGGAGCAGAACUUUCUUCACAGGCACAACCUAAAACGAAUAUUUCAUCAGAUACAGGUGAAAUACAAGGCAAAUCCUAUCCACAUGGCUGCUGUCAUCUGUAACUGCCUGAGGGAAGAAAGACGCAUCUUAUCCACAGCCAGCAUGCAGGAACAGGGUCCACUGGAGAAAUCAAUGCAAAACUCAGCCGCUAUGGAGAAGCAGAAAGUACUUGACAACAAAGUGGCAGUGAUAAGAAGCAGCGUUCAGAUGCUGGACCAGGCUGUGAAGUAUCUUGAAGACAUGCAGGACGAUUUUGACUUUCGCUACAAAACGCUCCAACUUCGAGAUCCAGUUGAGAGGAACUCUUUGUCCAUGAAGCAAGAAGUCACUACACUUCAGGAAAUACUGAACCGCCUGGAUUUCAAGAGAAAGGAGAUUUUGUCAAAAAUUGCAGAUGUUAUAAAGGAAAUCGAAGCCCUGAUUUCCUCCCAGCUUAACCCUGAACUUAAGGAAUGGAAACGGAGGCAACAGAUCGCCUGCAUCGGAGGACCGGUUCUGAUAGGACUGGACCAACUCCAGAACUGGUUUACCCUGACAGCCCAGAGUCUGUUCCAGAUUAAAAGGCAGCUGGACAAACUGGGCGAGCUGAUUCUGAAGGUCACUUACGAGAGCGAUCCAAUCCCUCUCCAGAGACCUCAGAUGGAGGAGCAAGUCAAAUACCUCAUCUACCACCUCAUUAAAAGCUCCUUUGUGGUGGAGAAGCAGCCCUGCAUGCCUACACACCCUCAAAAACCUCUAAUCAUCAAAACACAGGUGCAGUUUACCACCAAGGUCAGAUUGCUGGUUAAGUUACCUGAAGUGGAUUAUCAACUCAAAGUCAAGACAACAUUUGAUAAAGACCUUCCACCAGGCAAAGUGAACAGACAGUUCUUCAUCCUCACCAACAACACCAAAGUGAUGGAUGUUGAGGAGUCGACUGGCUGCCUUUCUGUAGAGUUCAGGCAUCUGCAGCUGAAAGAGAGAAAGUGUCCUACCGGAGGAAAAGGAAAUGAGGGUCCCCUGUCAGUAACAGAGGAGUUACACUCUCUCAACUUUGAGGCCAUGCUGAUGCUACAGGGCCUGGAUAUUGAUCUUGAGACUUGCUCCCUGCCACUGGUGGUCAUCUCCAAUGUCAGUCAGCUCCCAGGGGGCUGGGCCUCCGUUAUGUGGUACAACCUGCUAACUGACGACCCUAAGAACCUUGGGUUCUUCAGUAACCCUUUGCGGGCAAGUUGGAGUCAACUCUCAGAGGUGCUCAGUUGGCAGUUCUCAAGUUUUGCAGGCCGAGGACUCAACAAGGAGCAGCUUAACAUGCUGGGAGAUAAACUUCUGGGUCAACACGCUUCUUUUAAUGACAGCCAGGUUUCUUGGUCCAAGUUCUGGAAGGAAAACAUCCCUGGCAAAUCAUUUAGUUUUUGGCUGUGGCUAGACUCUAUCCUGGACCUUAUUAAGAAACAUUUACUUCCUGUUUGGAUUGAUGGUUACAUAAUGGGAUUUGUGAGUAAAGAGAUGGAACGUGCCUUAUUGAAGGAGAAGGAGCCAGGGACAUUCCUGCUACGCUUUAGCGAAAGUCACCUUGGAGGAAUCACCUUCACCUGGGUUGAGCAGGAUGAAAAUGGAGACCCAAAGUUCAUCUCUGUAGAGCCAUACACGAAAAACCGUCUCAACGCCUUGCCCAUUGCUGAUAUAAUACGAGACUAUAAGGUCAUUGCAGAUGGUGUUGUCCCAGAGAAUCCUCUGAAGUUCCUUUAUCCUGACAUCCCGAAGGACGAGGCUUUUGGAAAACAUUACAAUAGUCAGCAAAACAAAGUUUGUCCUUACAUUCAGACACAGUUAGUUCCAAUUUCCCGUCGGAAAUGUCCUCAUUUCUCAGUGGUCCAGUCCAACAUGCAUGUUCCUCUCCUGAACCCCCAAUGUCUCCUGGAAUGUUUGAAAUUAUCACCCAACACCUCAGUCCCUUUGAGUUCGAAAGCGCUAUGAGUUCACCAUAGAAAGGGCAACAACCACAUUUCGCUUGGAUCCAAGAUUUUGGAUGGGUUCAAAGCUUUCCAUCUCUGUAUUCUGGUUUCUGUUGCCAUUCUUAACUUUUCUGACUCCAUGCCACUAAAAACAUAACUUCUCUUGUUUUGAUUUGCUGACAGAGAGUGUUUAUUCCAAAAUACUGUCAAUAUGAAAAUGUAUCAGAUGUACUAUUCAUGUCAUAAUUCUAGUAAUUUGGCUGAAGGUCUCAUGUAUCUGUAAAAUUCAGAUUUAACAAAACAUUAAUCUCCCAUAACAAUAUACCUAUUAUACAGUUUAUGUAUAUAUUAUGACAAGCUUGUUGUUGCUAUUGUAUUUUUUUUAAAUAAAGAUUUUUUUGGUUUCUA